AUGGCGGCACGAGCGGCGGCACCGUCGAUGACUUCUCCUGGGACGUUCGUCAUGACGAUCGAGUCCGACGAUGAAGUGGACCGUUUGGACGACAGUAGCGAUGAAGAACAGGAGAAAGACGAUCAAGCGGUCAUCUCCAAGCAACAAAAGAAGAAAUUGAUGAAGCAGGAUGAGAAGAAACGACAGAGUGCGGCCGUCAGCGACAUUGCGGAAACGUUCGAGUUUGACGACGGAUCGACCUUCCGCACCUCGACUGGCAACUCGUGGGACUUUACAAAGGCCAUUGCACACAUCGACAACAUGGAACGUCGAAGCUACGGCGACAGCGUGCGAACGACGGUGCAAAAGAAGAUCGAAAUCCGUCGCAAGGAGCGCCAAGACGCUCGCAAGGAGAAAAAGAGCAAGAAGGAAGCUGCCGAAAAGACAGCUUCCGGUAAUGACGCCACUGGCGAAGGUCCUGUUGACGCCGCCGUGCCAGUGGACGAUGGCAACGACAGCGACGACGACAGCGACAACGAUGAGGCCGGUGCGGACGUUAUUGAAGAGUCCAAGCUACAAGAAGCGUUGAACGAACGCAAGCAGAACGCCGGUGCGAUCAUGGACGCCAUCGAGAAGAAGAAGGCCGACGCGUUCUUUGAGACCGAGUUCCAAUCGCCGCAGCUGGACAACGUGACGUCCUUCAGCGAUCUCAAGUUGAGUCGGCCGCUGCUUCGCGCCGUAAGCUCGCUUGGGUUCAACGCCCCGACGCCGAUUCAGCAACGCGCGAUUCCUGUCGCCAUGACCGGCAAGGACAUUUGUGCCAGUGCCCAGACCGGGUCCGGGAAGACGGCAGCGUUUCUGCUACCGAUUUUGGAACGCCUUCAGUUCCGCUCGCGCCGCGUCGCCGCCACACGCGUGCUGGUCAUCUGCCCUGUCCGCGAACUCGCCACGCAAUGUCAAUCCAUGCUCGAGCAGCUGGCCAAAUUUACCGAUAUCACGAGUGGGCUUGCCGUCGGGGGCCUCCCGCUCCGUGAACAAGAAAUAGAGCUUCGUGCAUGUCCCGACGUGAUCAUUUGCACUCCUGGGCGCAUGAUUGAUCAUCUUCGCAACUCUCGCAGCAUUCAUCUGGACGAGCUCGAGAUUCUUGUGCUGGACGAAGCCGACCGGUUGCUCGAGCUUGGGUUUCAAGAAGAAGUUCAGGAACUGGUCAAGUUUUGCCCCAUUGCACGCCAAACCAUGUUGUUUUCGGCCACGAUGACGUCAAAAGUCGACGAACUGAUCAAGCUCUCGAUGAAGCGCCCCGUGCGCAUCUCGACCGACCCGCUUUUCGACAUGGCGCAGCAUCUCGUGCAAGAAUUCGUCCGCAUUCGCCCGACGCGCGAAGACGACCGAGAAGCCAUCUUGCUUGCGCUGUGCACCCGCACAUUCAAAACCAACACGAUCGUGUUCAUGGAGACCAAGAAGCACGCCCAUCGCAUGAUGAUCUUGUUUGGACUGGCCGGGAUCAAGGCCGCGGAAUUGCACGGCGACUUGACACAGAAGGAGCGCCUCGAGGCAUUGCAAAGUUUCCGCGACGGCACGGCCGACAUCCUGCUCUGUACAGACAUCGCCGCGCGUGGGAUUGAUGUCGAAGGCGUCCAUGCCGUUAUCAACUACCAAAUGCCCAAGGACGUGACUACGUACGUCCAUCGUGUCGGGCGUACGGCGCGCGCCGGCCGCAACGGGCGCGCUGUCACGCUGACGUCGGAGAACCGUCGAUUGAUCAUGAAGGAAGUAUCUCGCCACUGCCACGGAUUUGUCAAGAGCCGAAGCGUGCCGGAUGCCGUGAUUGCCCAGUGGAAGCAACGCAUUGAAAACAUGGAAGGCGACGUGGCGGCCGUGAUGAAGGAAGAGACGAUGGAGAAGCGGAUGCGAGAAGCCGAGAAGGAAGCGACGCGCGUGACCAACUUGGUGCGCCACAAGGACGAGAUCAACAGCCGACCGGCGCGCACAUGGUUCCUCAACGAAAAGGAGAAGCAGGCCGUCGCUGCCCGCGCGGAAGAACAUCGCCUGGCCAACUUGAUGGUGCACGACGACAAGCCCGAGAAGAAGAUCACGCUCAACCACAAAAAGCGAAAGACGGCCGAGCUGCGAGAGCGGGAACAGCGCGCGCUCGAGGACGCCGAGGACAAUGAGAACAAGAAGGUAUUCACGGCGCACCAUGUCGCGGGCGCGGCCAAGAGUGCCAAGCGAAAGGCGAUCGAGGAAAAGAGGAAGCUGGCGUCGACGUCGAUCGCCGAGAUCCAUGAGAUGAAGCGGCAGAAGAAGGAGAAAGCGAUUCAGCGUAAGAUUCAGAGCGGCGCGUUCGACCAAGAGAAGACAGCGCGCGAAGCCAAGCAGCCCAAGAAGAAGGCGGCCGAGGCGAAUGGCGAGUUUGUAUUCAAGGAGAAGAUUACGUCGCUACGCAAACAGGGCAAGCGCAGUGUUCACUCGUUCAAGUCCAAGGCCCGGUACAAUCGCCGCAAGUAGAGAUGGCGCGCUCCGUUGACCCAACAUGCUUAUAAUUGAACAUCAUGAACCCCGUCCUUGUCGA